AUGACCGUUUCAAAGCACGUCAAACCAUCUGAUUCAAUCGAUGGCGCAAAGGGCGUUCCCUAUUAUACCCCAGCACAGCCAAUACCUGCGGGAACCUUUAUCCCCAAUGAGAACGACUCCGAAGAUGUUACACCACCACCAAUUUUCACUCCUUUAAAGAUUGGUAAACUCACUUUACAGAACCGUAUGGCAGUAUCUCCAAUGUGUAUGUACUCAUCUGAUAAUUUCGAAGUGACUCCAUUUCAUAUGGUACAUUAUGGUGCAAUCGCGGUACGUGGAGCCGGAUUGAUUAUUGUGGAAAGUACCUCCGUUUCUCAAGAAGGAGGAUUAUCUCCUCGUGAUUUAGGUCUUUGGACAGAUAGACAAGCUGAAAAGAUUAGGGAUAUUGUUAAGUUUAUCCAUUCUCAAGGACAAUUAUGUGCUAUUCAAUUGGGGCAUGGUGGAAGGAAAGCAAGUGGACAACCCCCUUAUUUACAUUUAGAGCAAGUUGCAGAUGAGAGUGUAGGUGGUUGGCCAGGUAAGACAGUUGCUCCUUCUGCAAUUGAAUAUAGACCACAUGGAAACUUACCCGUUCCUCAAGAAUUAUCCAAAGAAGACAUCAGAAGAAUCAUUAAAGAUUUUGGUGCUGCAGCAAAGAGAGCAAUUGAGAUAUGUGGUUUUGAUGCCAUCGAAAUUCAUGGGGCUCAUGGUUAUUUAAUCCAUCAAUUCUAUAGUCAAUUCUCAAACCGCAGAACGGAUGAAUAUGGUGGAAGUUAUGAAAACAGAAUCAGAUUCUUGUUGGAAAUUAUAGAUGAAAUACAAGCCAAUAUUCCAGAAGAUAUUCCACUCUUCUUGAGAAUUUCCUCUUCAGACAAUGUCAAAGAAGAUAAUGUUUGGCAUCUUGAGGAUUCUUUAAAGUUGAUCGAUAUCGUUAUUGAAAAAGGUAUUAAAUUGAUCGAUGUUUCUUCUGGUGGGAAUGUAUAUAAUCAAACCCCUAGAACUCAAUUGAAUGAAGAUCCCGAUUUACCUCCUCAUCUCCCAAUCGCUAGAGCUAUUAAGAAACACGUAGGUGACAGAGCCGCAGUUGCUUGCGUUGGAGACUUAUCUAAGGAUGCAGUAACUUUGAAUGGAUAUAUAAAGAACGGUGAUUUUGAUUUGGCAUUAAUUGGGAAAGGAUUCUUAAAGAAUCCUGGGUUGGUUUGGGAAUUCGCUGAUCAAUUAGGUGUUAGAGUGACUCAAGCAUUACAAUAUGACUGGGGUCAUUAUCCUAACAUUCAUCAAAUCUUGGAAUUGGUAGAAAGAACUAAAAGAUUAAUGAAACAAUAG